CGACUGCAAGCCAAUACAGCGUCGACGCCCCUAUAGAGCAAAUCAACUUGCUCAGCAGACACUGUGGAAGCAGUUUGCAACAGCAACCAGCAGUGAUUAGCAGACAUCUGACACUCGGUCUCUGUACACAAGAUGCUCGUCAGUGCUUUCGCAAGCUUGCUUGUAUUCACCUUCAAGUCCGCUUCGACCAGCAAAUCCUUGCAGAGGAAUCCCUCUACGCACGUUCCCACGAUGCCACUUUUCAACAAUCAUACGACUUGGAAGGAUUACUUGACAUUUCUGAGUGAUGAGACGUUGAUUAGGUUCACUGACGUCGUUAAGUGCGGCAACAGGAACUUCAGUUUCUUCAGGUUUGCUCGUGGGGUCACCCCUUCCUUCGCAAUGCAGAACGGCGAGCUCAAGACUGAGCAUCUUGACAUCGCUGCGUUUCCGGGCUGCAAAGACAAGUACAAUUGGUUUAAAAUGCGCAAUUUUGUCCACAAGACUCCUGCACCUUCUGAUCCGUCUCCUGGCCAGUCGAGAAUUGUUUCAAGCUAUCAAACUGUCAGACCUAUUCGGGGUUCGCAUCGCAUUCCCGUUGAGCCAAAAGUGACUAGUCCCUAGAGGACACCGCUGCAGCUCUUUGAACCCCGAAUCCAAGGCCUCAUCCAGGAGUCAGUGCUC